AUGUCGAUUCAACAUACAGCUGAAUCGGCUUUGCAUUCACUGGAAGAACUCUACAGAGCCAUUGAUUCGGCAGCUCACCAGCCAAGUCCAAUGCCAAUCGAUGAUAGUGAAAAUCUUGUUCAAGCUCUUUGUAAUCUUUCCCAUUUGAUUCGACGCAUUAAUGAAACAGGCAUGUGUGGUCAUCCUACAAGUCUCGAUUGUAAUCGAAUCUCUCCGGAGAGGAGAAAUCAAACGUUGUUCGAUCCUCAUCUAAGACAUUAUGAGGAUAAAGUCUACAUGAAUUCAGUACCAAAUGAAUCAGAUUACGGUGAAUGUAUAUUGUAUCAUCCGAUACGUAUUAUAACAACGAGUGCUGAUCAACCAAUAGUAAUACGGGGAAAAGAUUCUGUGAAAUACGAUCGUUUCAAACGUUUUUCAUAUGGCAGGUAUACGAAGGCAAAUAUAAGGAGAAUGUCACGAAGUCAUGAUCAGCACUCAAAGAAAAAUAGUACUCGAAAUAAUCGAAGCAGUUCGAGAGGAUCUCGUGCGUCAUCUCGACGCAGUCGACGGUCGACUAGUAAUUGGACAAGUCAGAUACAUGGUCGAAGUUCAAGGCCGAGUCAUCGAUCGUUUCGGAACUCGAAAAGUAGAUAUCGACGACGAUCUCAUAGUAACAAACGAAGAAGUCGAUCGAGUCGAAGAAGUAGCCAACGUCGGAGUCGAAGUCGUCGACGUUCUUCACGGAAACAGCAAUCACCUGAUCGAAAAUAUUAUGAUCGGCAAAUACCGUCACCUUCCAUUGCAACAUCGUCUUCGUACCCUUCUAAUCAAAUUAAUUCAGCAUCAACGGCAAAUCAACCAUCCUCGUUACAACCACAACCUUACAUGCGAUCCGUACCAUCAUCUGCGCCGAAUCCGACGACUAGCUCUAGUUCUGUUCAACCAAAUUCAUCCUUUGCUCCAACAAUACCUCUUCCACCGCCGCCGAUCACAUCUUCUCUUCAUCAUUCUCAUAUGUCGCCACAGAUACCGAUGCACGGCAGUCAUAAUCCUCCAUUGCUACCAGAAUACCAACAAGUGCCUGUCAAUAAUUCAAUAAACUCGCAGCAGCAGCAACAACAACAGCAGAUCGCUGAACCGUCAGCAACUGCGGACAGUUUGCUAACAUCGCGAUCAGAAAAUUGUCCGGAAUGUCGUGCUAUUACUCGUCUUCUCCAAUGGGCACCAUUGAAAUGCUAUGAUGCUGCCGGUAUCCGACGCGGCGUUUUCCUCGCUGGUCCAAAAAGUGAACAAUUACUUCAGGCGCUUUAUGCAUCUAUGAAAGAUUCCUCGUUUUCGUUAGAUGACAUUGAAGAUUGUUUAUGUGAUACUGAAUAA